AUGUUCAAUUAUUCAACAUCCUAUUUUGCGAAUUCCAAUGAAAAAAACAACUAGUUGAAAGAGAAAAUCUAUAGUGCUCUUUAUUAGUCUCCAAACACAUCCUAUGAUGUUAUGAAGUGGAUUCCGAGCAAUGAUAUUUCAAAUCUCUCUGUGUCGAUCGAAUAGGAAAUCGAUAAAAUUCUAUAGGUGGUGCCUCCCUUUCAAUUUUAACCUAAUAAACAGACCUCCUUUCAAAAUUUUUAAACCUAACAAUAUGUUGAUCGACAACCUCUAACAAAUUUGAAUUCAAGUUAAACAAAGUAUUCUGAAAACAUUUGUGAACCUGAAGUACAACAAAUCGAAUAUCCCUAAAUGUAAAGCAAUUCGAAACAAAUGAGAAGAGAACAACAACCUCCUUCGAAGUAGAAUUAAUACAUUCAGGAUUUGAUAAAUAGAUAUUAAGAACCUCCGAAAAAUGCUUUUUAAGAAGAUUACAAUAAUCCAUCUAGCAAUAUUGAGGAGGAGUAUGAUGUCAAUACUCAAUAGUCAGUCACUAAUAGAGAUUCUCGAGAUAAAGGAGGCUUAAUUAAAUAAGGAAAAUACAAAAGUAAUGAAUUUUCUAAGUUGACUGAACAAUAAACGUGUUUAAAUUAAAGCGUUGGUAAUUCCUUUAUAUUAGACACGUUAAUUAGUGAAGAAACAAUCAAAUAAACAAAUUCAGUAGAAGUUGAAAACUAACCCUUUAACACAAGUUAGAAUUGGGCAAAGAUGAAGAUAAGAAAAGAGGCCAAAUAAAACGAAAACUAUAAAACACAAAACUUUUAAGAUCUUCUAUAUUCCUUACCCUCCUUCUUCAUUCAUUAGACUGAGGGUGAAAUAAAAGUUGACAAAUUAAGAGCUUAAGAUAAUCAAGAAGGAUAGUAUUACCAAUCCUUUGAACUUACUGUCAAUCCAUUCAAAUUGAUUGGACCAAUUAAUUUUAAAAAGCAUCUUAAAAUUCAUGUGAGAUUCAAGAAAGGUUACUAGGGUGUAGUUUAUUACGAUCGACAAUUGUAAAAUGUUAUUCCACAAAAUUAAGUUGAUGGAAUAACAUUAAAAAAUGAACCAUUUUUGUUGGCAAAUAAUUCUGACAAACCCAUUAAGGUGAUUUGCUGCAUAGUUGGAAUUAAAAAAUGA